CGAGCGAUAAGUAAACCUGCGCAACCAAGCGAGCGAGCGAGCAACGUCCCCCUCUUCUCGUUUUCCAUUGCGCUUAAACAAACGCGAGGCGAAGCUGUGGCACGCGUUUCCUCCACCCCACCCCACCCAUCUCAAAACCCUAGCACCCACGCCUCCGCCCCUACCCCAAUCCUAAUCCGGUCCCCGACGGCGAGGAAUCCCCGCUUCGAUUCGCCGCGGCAGAUCGGCGGCCAGGCCGGGACCGGCUAGGCUAGAUUCAGAUUCAGAUUCGGUCGGGGUUCCUCGUCGGGUUCGCGUCGCGGCGCCUGAGAGGGAGUAUGGUGGGCGGGGGGAGGCGGGGCGGAGCGGCGGAGGAGGUGAAGCUCAACACCGGUAACGUGUUCGCGGCGCUCGAGUCACUCAAGAAGAAGAAGAAGGGCGACAAGGGCAAGGCGGGCGCCUCGUCAUCCUCCAGGAAAAAGCACGACGAGGCGGCGCAGCAGCAGGCGCCGCCACAGAAGGAGGUCUUCUGGGCGCCAGCGCCGCUCACCACCAAGUCCUGGGCCGACGUCGAGGACGACGACGACGACGAUUACUUCGCCACCACCGCGCCGCCGCGCCCCGUCUGGAGUGCCGCUGGCCACGUCGACGAAGCGGGGAAGGACGAAGAGGACGUGGAGGAUGCUGUGCGCGCCGCCCUGCAGGAGGAAAUUGAGAGUGAUGAUGAGGACCUUGAUGAUGAGGUUGAUGAUGGUGCUGAGGAUGAACCUGAGCAUGAAGUGGAAGAUGUCCCAGCCGAACCUGCUAUGAAGACAGCUGCAGCUCCGACUGCACUGCCUAAAGAUGCAGAAAGACAGCUAUCCAAAAAGGAGUUGAAAAAGAAGGAACUAGCAGAACUUGAUGCAGUGUUGGCUGAGCUGGGACUUUCUGGGAAUUCAAGCAAUGCUGCACAGGAUGGUGACAAUGCCGAGAAGAAAGGUGCAAAUCAAUCUGGUGAUGGAGAGAGAAAGGAAGAUGCUCCUGCCCCUUCAGAGAGCAAGAGCUCCAAGAAGAAGAAAAAUAAGAAAGAAAAGGCUUCAAAGGAAGCAAAAGAAGCACAAGAAGCGGCUGAUGGGACAGAGGACACUGGCAGCGCAGAACCUGAUGAAGAUACUGUUUCUAUGGAUGUGAAGGAGCGCCUAAAGAAGAUGGCUUCAAUGAAAAAGAAGAAAUCGAGCAAAGAGUCGGACACGGCUGCAAAAAUCGCUGCUGCUGAGGCCGCAGCAAGGAGCGCGAGGCUUGCGGCAGCCAAGAAGAAAGAGAAGAGUCAUUACAACCAGCAGCCCGUGCGGUAAAUGGGCAAAAUUUUAGAAUGCUCUGAGUUUGUUAUCCCCUUGUUCGUUUUGGACUCUCAAUAAAACUUUUUUUGAGUUGUCGUGUUUAUGACCUUGGAGCGCCUUUCUAAGAUUCAUUUCAGAAUUCAUGAAAGCCUUUCUGGUCGCAAAACGGUCGUGUAUUUGUGUUUUGAAUUGUUCAUCCAAUGGAACCUCAUGGGACAACAUGGCCAACGAGGGCUACUCGGGUA